CCCCCCACAUCGGCUUAGCGCGCGCGAACACAAAACUCACAGAGCCACGGGCGCCAAACUCGAUCUAGCCGAGCGCCCAAAAAUCCGGUGGAAAGGAGGGGAGGAGAGCUCCAGAACCCUAGCCAUGGCCGGGGAGGCAGGAGGGGGGCGGCCCCGCGACUGGCUCUCGACAGACGAGACGGCGGCGGCCUUCCUCUCCCGCUCUCUCUCCACGCGCCCCCCCAUCCUCCUCCCGGCGCCGCUCCACCGCGCGCCGCUUCGCCCGGGCAACGUUGUUGAAAUCGCUGGCCCGUCCGGCUCCGGCAAGUCCCAGCUGCUCCUCAUGUCUGCAGUGCAGUGCAUACUACCAAAGGAGUGGGAAGGUGUCUAUUUCGGCGGCCUGGGGAAAACAGUCAUGUACAUUGACUUGGACUGCCGAUUUGAUGUGCUGCGGCUGGCUCAGAUCCUGAGGAAGCGCAUUGCGGCGGGCUGUGGUUCAGUGCAUCCAACAAAUGAAAAUUUUGAGACUGAUGGUUCAAAAGAUAAAUUUCAUUCGUUUGAAAGUACACUGUUUUCUGAUUGCAUGAAGCGUUUCCUGUGUGUCCGCUGUUACAAUAGUUCUGAACUUAUAGCUGCUUUGAAGAGUCUAAAAUCUCAAUCUGAAGCAAGGAACGAAAUGUUUGGUAUUGGUAUAUAUUUCCUUAUGUUAGACAGCAUUGGCGCAUUCUACUGGAUAGAUCGUGCUCUUCAACCUACUAGAGAGAGUAAAGGGAAAACUCUAUCAUUUCAGAGUAUCACCGAAACUGUUGUCCAGGAGAUACACAAGUUUUUGCAACUUCAACCUAUUUUGGUGUUGGUCACAAAGGCACCUAUUUAUGGUGAAGGAAUCACAACAUCCAACGACUUCCAAAGGACUGACCGAAUCAGUUUGAAUCUCGCUGAUCAUUCGUGGAGGUUGAACUUCUUAGGGGUUCUUCAAAAUACAUGUCAGAGGAUUCAACAGCUUUGGGAUAUCCGAAACGGGAAGAAGAAAGAAAUGGUUCAUGUCGCGAAUACAUGCCAUCUGCAUGGCAGACAUUUGUUACGCACAGGAUAAAGUUGCAAGACUUAGCACAAGAAGCAGGGUUUUUCUCUGAGCAGGAAAAUGCAAUACUUUCUGUGCAUACUUGUGAGUGGGUGCAGCCUUCGCUGAACAUAAAAGAGAAGUUCUAUAUCAAGGAUGACGGUGUUGGCCUUAUACAGUGAAGCCUAUCAGUUUCUGUGCUGGCAGAUAGCAUGACUUGUCCGACCUCCUACAGAACUGUUGUGAUCUGUGAUAAAUGCAUGUACAGGAAAUGCUUAAGUAAUAUGUCCUCGGGUAUUAUAUGGCACAGAACCCUAAAGCAACAGGGAUAUUAUUUUGAAGGUAACCGUUUGUGCUGUCUUCCGAUAUUUGGCAUGGCAUGAUCACAUGAUGGGACCUGACAUUAUAAUUUACAAUUUUACAUUGCUCCAGGGAAAAGCAGUACACUUGCUGUUUAACUUAACAUCAGAAGGUGAGAGGGAGAACCCAAAGGUGAUAUGCUCAAGAGGAGUGUUUCAGCUGGUAUGACCUUCCUAGUCAUCUAAGGCCUUGUACAAUGGGAGGUGCUUAGGAGAGGUGCUUAGAGAAAUAAACCAGGCUUUUCUUAAGCAUCGGUGCCUAUUUGUACAGGAUAACUAAGCGUCUAUCCUGUACAAAUAGGCAUCGGUGCUUCAGAAAAACCCGGUUUAUUUUUUUAAGCAUCUCUCUAAGCACCUCCCAUUGUACAAGGCCUAACAGCCCAUAUUCGAGCAACCCUGAUGAUGCCAUCAUACAUGUCGCUUCCUCUGUUCCUAGGGAUUUUACAGAUUAUAAUGUAGUUUAUGACUCGUCCUGAGCCCAAGAAACUGGGGGGACUUAAGUUUAUAGGGUAUGGGGGAUGCGAUCCAGGUUGAACAUAAAUAGGUUAUAAAUUCAACUUGUUGAUUUUUUCAAGGCCAACUGUUUGGCUGGUUGUCGUGGAAUCAUUCACCAACUUUUCAGCCUAGGUCUAAACUGUUCUUUAUGUAUUAAUAUACCACCAGCCCAUUGUCUUUUGUUCAUCACGCCACCUAGCACUAUGAGAAACCUUGUUGCCAAAAAACAUCUCAUUUGAUGCUGCGAUCUUCGCAUGUUUCCCACAUAAACAUUUGUCGCGAGUUCUCUACCCAAGCUUCUAGCUGUCUGAUUAAUCGUACCUAAUCGCUUUGGAUUCCCUCGCAGAUUCUUGUGCCCCCAGCUGGUGUUUCUUGUUCAUUCCUAGGAAGAUACGCACCCUGUCUUGGUCAUCGUUGUCGGAAUGUCGCUUGUCAUUUCUCAGCCGCUCUAGCAUUUUGCCCUUUUUUAAUGAACUGUUGUUAUUCUAGUGGAGCAUAGCAUCACAUGAUGUAGCAAUAGAACUGUGGUACAAUCAGCCUGCGAAAGGGAGGUGCAGUCCGCUGCCCACUGGCAAUGGUCUAUUUCUGCCGGCCUUGCAACUGACAUCAGAUGUCGCUCUCUGUUUUUCUGUAACCAUGCACGCAACAGGUGAGUUGAGAUGGUGAUGUUGACUUGAUGUAGCAAUCAUACAAAAGCAGCGGCCGCAGCAAAUGGGAUGCAUUGUUUUUCACUGAACCGCACGCACUCUGAAGUCAUCAAGAUCGUCAGGUCACCCGGUCCCGUGCCAUGUGUUGCUACCCGUAGGCCGUCUUCAUCACAAUUUCUGAUGUGUAUCAUUUUUCAAGGGGGGUGCACUAGAGCAGUUUGCGUGCCACUCUGAUGCUGCUACGCCAGCUCUGAGAGGUAGAUCGUCUGCCUUUCCGUUGCUGCAGAAUUGAAGAUAUGAUGAUAGUUCACUCUGACUUGCGCACUACAAAAAAGGCAGCCAACGAUCGAUCUUCGGACGCUUCUGUUUAUAACUUCAAAAGUUAAAGUACUUAGUGCAAUUAA